AUAUUAUUCCUGGAUGUUGCCGUGUGUUUUCUUGUUCGUUUCUUUGUUAUUCGUUUCUCAGUUUCAUGUAGUAACACUCAAUGCAAUAACUUUCUUCCUCUAUAUAUAUACAACAGCUUUUAAGUUGUUUCACUAAACCAAUACAAUAACUUUUCUUCUUCUACAUACAAGAACAAGAUCUUUAUUUCCCUCUUCUUCUAAGUUCAAUUCAUUUUAAUGGGGCAACAACAAUCACAGUGUAAGGAAGAGCUUCUGUUUCAGCAAGUGGGUUACAACGACGUCGAAGCCAUCAAAUCCCUUCGCCGUGAAGGUGCAGGACUCGAGUGGGUGGAUAAGUUAGGGAGAACACCAUUAAUCUCAGCUUGUAUGAAUGAAGAUCUAUAUGAUGUAGCUAAAACUCUGCUUCAGUUGGGUUCUAAUGUCAAUGCUUAUCGAUCUGGUAGCAAUAGUGGGACUCCUCUGCACCAUGCUGCAAAAAGAGGUCUCGUAAACACUGUUAAGUUACUUCUGUCUCACGGUGCAAAUCCACUGGUUUUGGAUGAUAAUAUUCAGACAGCUCUUGAGGUUGCUAGAGCUGAAGGUCAUAGCAGUGUUGUACGUGCCAUCGAGAAUCACAGCUGCUUGUUCUCUGGUUGGAUGCGUGAAUUUUAUGGCCCAAGCUUUCUUGAAUUCUUUGCUCCUGACUUUUUUUCAAGAAGAGUAUGGGUAGUUGUCGUACCAACUGGUUCGCGAAACCCUGCAAAGCCUUUCAAGUUGGAGUUGGCUGUGUAUGAUAGUCUAAAGGAUGCACAACCGAGGAUGGAGAUGCCUUUGUGGAAAGCCAAUUUGGAUGAACCAAAACCAUCAUCACAGUCUGAUGAUCCUUCAGUGAUGAUUGUUAAAAACUCCACAAAUCUAAGUGGCAAAAGUCAGAGACUAGAAGGCGCAUUCGUUUCUCAGGCGCGGCGUUGGGCUCGAGUCAAUAGGCAAAUGCGUCUGGCAGCUGAGAGAAAAGGCGACAAGAAACAACUGAAGUGGUUUUGUGAGGCAUGUAGAGGAACUCCACAGCCAAUGAAUCCACCAAUGUUUCUGCAAACAUUUGAAACAACCUCUGCUCCACCUCAGUCUGCAAUGAAUGAGAUGCCAAAGCUCAACCAUCCUGCUAUGACUCCUGUCGACAUCUCACUCCCUUCUGCAAACAGUGAGGGUACUAAAGAAGAUGGAUUGUGUGUGAUUUGUGUGGAUGCAUCAUAUGAAGCAGCGUGUGUGCCGUGUGGACAUGUUGCUGGAUGCGUUUCUUGCUUGAAAGAGAUUAAAAACAAGAAAUUGGGAUGUCCUGUUUGUCGUGCCAACAUUGAUCAGGUCAUUAAGCUGUACCGUCUUUGAAUAAAAUGGGCAAUAUGUCUAUAUGUCAUCGGCUUAAAGAUAUUGAAACUAUCUUUUUUUUUUUUUUUAUGAUCGCCAUUUUUUUUUUUAAGUUUGUAAUGAAGUCAAACAAGUCGGAAUAUAGUGGACACGACUUAUGUUUGUUUCUUUCUGUGUUAACAAAGUUUGGUCAGAGUUUUUUUUUCUUCAGUGUUACAUUUUUCUAAAUAAUGUGUUUUCUUAUUCCAAAUUUGUAGGGAAAUAGAAAGAAAUUUCUUAUUUAGAAUAAU